UCUUUCGACUCAAUCUUAAAUCAAUUUCUCUCUUCUUCAAACUCCCAUCAACUGAAAAAUUCUAAAAUCCCAUCUAUACACGCAAUAUCAGGUGGAUAAUUUGAGGGAAUUAAUUGCCUUUUAAAGUUGUAUUUUGGUAAAGAGUUGAGAAAUCUGCUUGAGAUCUUAGAAGCAAAUGCUUGUUGUUGAGAAUGGGCUCUGGUUAUCAUGGAUAUAGUGAAGCAGACUUAUCAUCCUACUCUUCAUAUCCCACUGUUUCCUCUAUACCAACAAGGCUGUUCGAAUCUCUGAAAUUCGACUCACGAAGCUCACCCAACUCGCCCUUCGCCUCUCUGUUCGAGGCCGACUCUGUCGCCACCGUGUAUAGUGAUAGUCAGGAGCGGUUUAGUCCGUCCGGUUACCUCUCUGAGGCCACUCAUUCGUCGGACUCUUCAGUGGAUUACAGCGUCAACUUGCAUCACUCGAGGCCCUUUCCCACCGGCCACCAGGAGAGCCCGUCCGCUGCCUCGGCUUUCCACUCAAAUGCAAGUAGCAAUCGCAGCAUAGAACACGCGUUGCUGGAACUGGAGAGCGUUCUUAUGGACGAGGAGGUUGUGAAAUCGGAGCCGUGUUUGGGGGGAAACAGUUACCGGCAGUCGCAGACGCCCGAGCAGAGGGUGGGAUCGUGGCAGGAGGAGGCGCAGGGGUCUCGUUCGUAUGUGUCUGGAUCGCCUCGUGAUUCUUGGAUGGCUGCCUCGGUGAAUGAUGGUGUUUACGCUGAGAAUCGUAUGGGGGGAGCGAUGGAGGAUUUCGCGUUGCAAGGGUUUCCCCCAAAUGAUCUGAAGGGGCUGUUGAUGGCCUGUGCCAGAGCACUCCAUGAGAACAGAUUGGAGGAUUUCGAGAAGCUCGUGGAACGUGCUCGUGGCGCUGUGUCUAUCACUGGAGAGCCGAUACAGCGCCUAGGCGCGUACUUGGUGGAAGGGCUGGUCGCACGGAGAGAGUCGUCUGGCACGAACAUCUACCGCGCCCUCAAGUGCAACGAGCCAGAGAGCAAGGACUUGCUCUCGUAUAUGCACAUUCUGUACGAGAUAUGCCCGUAUCUGAAAUUCGGCUACAUGGCCGCGAACGGGGCGAUAGCCGAGGCGUGCAAGAACGAGGAUCGUAUCCACAUUAUCGAUUUCCAGAUCUCGCAAGGCACGCAGUGGAUGACUCUCUUGCAAGCGCUCGCUGCCCGGCCUAGCGGCCCUCCGCACGUCCGUAUCACCGGGAUAGACGAUCCGGUCUCGAAGCACGCCCGUGGGGACGGUCUAUCCGCGGUGGAGAGGCGCCUCGCCGCGAUCUCGGAGAAAUUCAACAUUCCCGUUGAGUUCCACGCGGUCCCGGUUUUCGCCCCGGACAUCACGAAAGAGAUGCUCGACGUCCGGCCUGGGGAGGGCCUCGCGGUGAACUUCCCGCUGCAGCUCCACCACACUCCAGACGAGAGCGUCGAUGUGUCAAACCCGAGGGACGGGCUGCUGAGGAUGGUGAGGUCGCUGAACCCGAAGGUGGUGACUCUGGUGGAGCAGGAGUCGAACACGAACACGGCCUCGUUCCCGACGAGGUUCAAGGAGACGCUCGACUACUACUCGGCCAUGUUCGAGUCGAUAGACGUGACGAUGCCGAGGGACAGGAGGGAGCGGAUCAACGUGGAGCAGCAGUGCCUGGCGAGGGACAUCGUGAACAUCGUGGCGUGCGAGGGGAGGGAGCGGGUGGAGCGGCACGAGCUGUUCGGGAAGUGGAGGCUGCGGUUUACGAUGGCCGGAUUCCGGCAGUAUCCGCUGAGCUCUUAUGUGAAUUCUGUGAUUAGGGGAUUGCUGAGAUGCUACUCGGAGCAUUACACCUUGGUGGAGAAGGAUGGAGCUAUGUUGUUAGGGUGGAAAGACCGGAAUUUGGUGUCGGCGUCGGCGUGGCACUGAGAAUGAUCGGGUAAAUGGGGAACCAUUGUUGAUCCUCUAGUUCGUAGGAAAAUUACGAAGGUUUCUUUUUCUAGGAUUUGGAUGAUGAUGUCGUGGUCUUAGUUAUUGAUGCAUCGAUAAUAUAUGUACUUGUAAUAUUUAUUCGAUUCUAUAGUGAGUUCAUUCUUUUUAAUA